UAUGUCUUCAGAGUAUUUGAAUACCCAUAAAGUUUCAUAAAGCGGUUUUGUUGAAAAAGUAUAAUGAAUAAGUCAACAAUAUUCUUUGCUUUUUGUCUGUUGGUAAUUGUUAAGUUAUUUUCCGUCGUGAAUUGCAAGAUGGAUGAGGAAGGAACUCGUUAUUUUAAUAAGAAGAUCAGUGUGAAAGAUAAUACUACCUCGUUUAUAGUGCAAAAGUACAACGAAGUUCUGAACGACUUCAACCUGGGCUUGACAAUCACCCGCGUACCUGAUGUGGGCAUAUGUCACAUCAAACCACUGGAGAAAAACUUGCCAAAUCCUGGAAAAUUGAAAGUUUACAUAGAUUUUUUAAAAAAAUUGAAUGGCUCGAGUGAGGGAAGAUCUAGUUUGUUGGGUGCAAGUUCAUCGGAAUGGAUCAUUGAUAAACGAUUGGAGACAAAGGAUUUAAAACCACAAGUGCUUAAAUUUUGCGGCAGACUUCCUGUUUACAGUAUGAAAGAAAUUAGCAAAAAUAUAAAUGAUGACUUCCAGACGUUCGCGCAAGCAUUGUUUAUGAAAUCGUUUGAUAGAACUGGCAGGAGGGGAAAACGUUCAAUGAACUUUCCAUUAUGUCCAAAUGGGCCAAAAACUUCAUGUAAUCCAAACGAUUGGAUAUUAGAUUGCAAGUUUAGAUCAUCCGGAAGAGCCGUGUGUUAUGAACAUUGUGCUUUGCAAAUCAAAGAUCUCAACAGGGAUUUAAGAAAUUGCAAUUUUUCUCUCAGAUGGUCAUCAGUUGUGUGUUGCACUCCUGUCUGCCUAACCAGAUGAUCAUGUGUACUAGAAGCUCAUCAGAACUUGAUAGAUUGUGCUGGUAAAUUUUGUAAGAGAAAAAUCUGUGGUACAAAAGGUUUAAGUUGAUCGCUAAACGUGUCCUCAAACAAUAAAAGUUGCUUGAGGUUUUUAAAAUGUUAAAUGUUUUAAAAAGUUUCCAAGCACAACCUAUCCAGGUUCAACUGGCAGGGAAAAAAAUGAAUAACCAUAGGGCCAAUUAUACGAGCGAAAAUAAGUCGCGAACAGUCGUAUAAACGCUCCAUUUCUUCGCGGAUAAAACAAGCCGCGGCCUAAAUUAUUAGCCCAGACUUUAGAGCUCGUCCAAAAUAGGCCGCGGCUAAUUUAAGUAGCGAAGUUCACGAAAAUAAACGGCUUCGCGACCAAAUCUGACAUUAAACGUUGGUGCAUAUCUGAGCAUCAACCUUCCAGGCAUUCCUUCCAGUCACAAUGCAAAAACUGUCUCGGCAGCAGGGAUUUGCGGCAGAGAAUUUGAGUCGUGUUUGCGACUAAUUUCGAAUAAUUUUAACAGUAUCCCGUACAAACGCGCUGUUUGCGACUUAUUUUCGCUCGAAUAAAAUAAAGCCCUAGAAGAUUGCUCUUCUUUUUUUUUAAGAUAUUAAGAUUUUAAAUAAUAAUAUAGCUCUGAUUUUUAAUUUAGUAUUGAGAACUCUUUUUAGUCUUAAUGAAAUACGAUUAUCUUGGUUAUAUAAUAGCUAUCGAAGACCUCAUAGGGUAAAAUUAAAAUUUUUAAUGAAUUUUGAUGGCAUAAAUAAAAAAUAGGUACGCAAUGCGUACAUGUGGGUAGCCAUAAACAUUAACUGCGAUAAACCUAUUUUGUAUUCAAUGUCAAACGACAGGCUGCUAUAGUAAAUAUCAACGAGUAAAUAGCGAGUAAAUAUCAACUGAUGCUUAAGGCCCUGUUACACGGUGCAAUUUUUCUUGCAACGUGCAAUACAAUUCUUC